AUGUCCGCGCAACCGUUGGCACUAGGAGCUCCGACUCGGGGACGCGACGACGACCGUGAUGUGCUCGUUGACGCGCUGCCUUACCUGGACAUCAAUUAUUCGGAAACCGAUCGCCAGUUUGCGCUCGGUUUGAUCGAGCAGGAGUGCAAGUCGUUCCCGGCCACGAAAAACUAUCUGAAGCAUCUCCCGAUCCCCGAUUACGAUGCCUACUUGACGCCGGCGCUGCUUGAAGACCGAAAGCUAAGGACUCAGAAAGUUGAAAUUCCCAAGCCAAUCGACCUUACCCGCUGUGAUUUGCCUUGCCCGGCCGGCACGUCUCGUUCCAACGACAAGUAUUCCUGGCGAAAGGCCAUUCGCAACGCUUUUACGCAAAAUGAGCAUCUGCGCCUUCGACAGAUCAACCUCGAGCUGAUGGAGGAGUACGGACCGGAGGCAUCGAGAAGAUGGAGCGAGGAGCUUCAAGCAUAUCUUCGUGAAUUGGAGAACGAGCUGCGCCAAACACAAGAAGCGGUCAUGGAGGUUCACGCCAGCCGCAAACACGCUCAAAUGAGUGCCGGCAAAACGCUAAAGGAGCUGGAGAACGCCUGGGUACAGAUGGUCACCAAGAACUACAGGAUGGAGAUGACCAACCAGCAGCUGGAGGCCGAGCUGAAAAAGAAGGCGAAGGAGAUGGGCGUCGACUACGUGCAACUCGGCAAAUCG